AUGAAACAUCUUCAUUAUAUUCAUCAAACGCCCUAUUCUUUUGUAUUAGCCGAUGGAAUGGCACCGUUCUACGUACUGGGAUUAGUCGAAUUAUCAAUUCAAUUUGCUGAUUCAAUAACAAAAAUUCAAGCUCAUAUUGCCCGAAAUUUAUGUGCAGAUAUGAUUCUUGGUAUGGAUUACAUCAAUUUAUAUAAUUUGAAUAUUAAUAUCCAACAACAAAUUGUUUCUAUUCAACAUCUAAAUCAUACCUUUGCUAUGAACAUUGAUAAAGAUUUUAUAUUCCAUAAAAUAGUUACUUAUCAACAAUCAUUUGGCGUUACCGGAUCUUCCGGUAUGGCACCAGUCUCUCAUGAUUUUGAUACAGAUGAGAUCGCUAGUUGUCAGAAAUUAUUUGGAGCCAUCGGCCAUUCCGAUGUGACACCAGUCGCUUGUGAUUCUGACACAGAUGAACGCGCUUACUAUAAGGUACCGAAACAUCCUACUCAAAAUGUUAUUUGUAAUACUAUAAGCUCGUUAAAUCCUAUAGUUGACGAAAACAUUCGUACAUUAGUUCAGAAAAUUAAUAAUAAACCCCGACAAGAUCAAAUUUAUUCUUUAUUAGUUCGUUUUCAUCGCACUUUCGAUACCACUAAGCAUAAUAUUGCGAAUACACCCAUUAAUCACGUUAUUCAUACUAUUCCUCAUUCACCACCAGCCUGUCGACCGUAUCCGCAACCGGAUAAGGAAGAAGCGAUGUCAUAUUCGAUAAUGUCGUAUAUUCAUCAUUCCCAUUCCAAUAAUCAAUCAGCAUUUUCUCGUAGUUCGUUGUUGCAGUUUCCGAAUUCUUCGGAAAACAGCAGUCCUACAACUACUUCGAGAAAUAAUGAUUUAAUGUUACAUACUGCUCCUCAACCACAGUCAAAUCCACAUCAACGUUUUCUCAAUCGAUCUAUAUCAAAUUGUCCAAAACAUCUUAAAGGCAAAAAACGAGCUGAAUGUGAAUGCUUAAAUUCUAAUCAUUCAACACAAGACAAUGAUGAUUCUGAUGAUCUCCUUAUCUGUCUUGUUAAUACCGAUGAUCUUCUUGAUGAUUCUAUUUCAACUAAUCAUAACGAUAAUAUUAAUACUUGUAUUUGUCCGGAUUCACAUCGACCAUAUAAAGCUAAAAAUGAACUAUGGUCUUUACAAAAAGCUAUUAAAGUAACAUUCGAUCAAGCAUUAGAUAAAGCUAUGACUUUAAAUUUAUGGUCAUGCGGACUUGAUCAACAUUUACACACGUGGAAUACCGAUUGGGAUAAAUCUACUCGAGAAUCGUUAAUCUUUUACGCCAUUAACGAUCUCUUUGCACCAACACAAUUAUAUUUUCAUCUCAAUCCAACAAUUCUUACUACUCAAACAUCUAAUACUUCAUCUGAUCUUCAUUCAAUCAUGCAUCAUCCAGUCAUUACUACACCAUUAUUUCUCAUCUUAUCGGAUAGUCAUGGUAAACAUCUUCAAUCUACGAUUAUCACGUCAAAUUAUCGUAUUAUUACUCGAUCUAUUUCUGGUCUUCAAUGGAUAAAUAAAUAUGAUCCUAAUUUAUGUACUCGUUCACUCAUCUUAUCUUCAUCUAUAACUUCCAUCUUAUCGGAUGCUACUGGUGUUUUAUGUAUUAUUGGCACCAAUUCCGUUCGUACAACACAUACCUCCGAUAUUAUUCCACAGAUUGAAGAUAUUGUUAAUCUUAUUCGUGUUCAUAAUCCUCAUCUGACCCACAAACAUGGUAUUACCAUUGUCGAAACAUUUCCAUGUUUUAAAGUGUCAAACACUUUUCCAUCAAUUACAUCGUUAUCAAAUAACAUCGCUAUUUAUAACAAAGAAUUACAACUAUUAUCUGAACGUGUGAAAUUUUCGUGUAUUAAUUUUCAUAUUACGUAUGAACAUUUAUAUCGCGAUCAAAUGCAUUUACACCACCAACAUCAAGAUUUUCUUUAUGAUACGAUCAUGAAUUAUUUCCAUAUGUUAAUCGAAAAGAAAUUAAUAAUCAGUCAAAAUCAACGUCGAUCUCGUCCAGCUCUUACGAGAAGGAACAAGAAAAGACACGAAAAAUUACGAACAAAACAACAACACCAUACACUUAUUCGAUCGAUCAGUCCUUUAUGGAAAUUACAUGAUAUUAAGCAAUAUUUAUCAUACUAUAACAUACAAUAUGCUCGACUACCUGAAAUUUAUAAACAUCGACUCCGUAUUCAGUUUAACAAUGAACUUUACAAACAACAAGCCGACACAAUUUUGUCGUCAACUAUUUUUGAUGAGGAACAUUAUCUUGACUGGCAUCAACAACAUCCCUAA